AUGGAGGAAAGACGGGCACGGUCCUUCCACAUGACCUGCCAUGUGCAACGCGACUUUGGCAGCCGCAUGGGGAGCUCUUUUAUCGGCUACAGUCCAAACGGAUAUGCCAGCACCAGCCUGAGCCUGGACCAGGACCUGGAUGUGGACCCUCUGGGCUCAGUGGACUCCACUGCAGCCGGACUGGGCCUGCAGGCACCUGACAGGAGCCACUACUCUCCUGUUUCACUGGAACUAGACCCCACAGCGGUGAAUAAUGGAUCAGGCAUUCCCCGCUGUCCGCCUGUGGACACAAAGGACCCAGCUCUGCAGAUCACAGCGGGCCAGCCUUCACUCACCCCUAUCCCGCCACCUCUCCCGCGCUCGAGCUGGCUGCACCACCAAAAGGAUUUCCAGAGCCCCUACAUCAAGACUAGCAUGCAGGGGGAUGUUUACAACUUCCUAGAGAGACCUGCUGGACUAAAAUGCUUCCUCUACCACUUCCUCGUCUUCCUCAUGGUGCUGGUGUGUCUAAUCUUCAGUGUCCUGUCCACCAUAGAGCAAUAUGCAGACUUCGCCACAGGAACCCUCUUCUGGAUGGAGAUGGUGUUGGUGGUGUUCUUCGGCUCCGAGUAUGUGGUGCGGCUGUGGUCAGCGGGCUGUCGCAGCAAAUACUCAGGCAUCAAAGGACGCCUGCGCUUUAUCAGGAAGCCCAUAUCCAUCAUAGAUCUCAUUGUGGUCAUUGCAUCAAUCAUUGUACUCGGAGUUGGAUCCAAUGGCCAGGUCUUUGCCACAUCAGCAAUCAGGGGUAUUCGCUUUCUCCAAAUUCUGCGCAUGCUGCACGUGGACCGACAAGGAGGCACGUGGAGACUGCUGGGAUCUGUAGUCUUUAUUCAUCGACAAGAGCUGAUUACAACCUUGUACAUUGGUUUCCUGGGUCUUAUCUUUUCUUCCUAUUUUGUCUACUUGGCCGAGAAGGAUGCUGUGGAUGAGGAAGGAAAGACUGGUUUCUCUAGCUAUGCAGACGCCCUGUGGUGGGGAGUGGUUACUGUCACCACAAUUGGUUAUGGAGACAAGAUCCCUCAGACAUGGAUUGGCAAAGCUAUUGCAUCGUGUUUCAGUGUCUUCGCCAUCUCCUUCUUUGCACUGCCUGCUGGAAUCUUGGGAUCAGGUUUUGCCCUCAAAGUUCAGCAAAAGCAGAGACAGAAACACUUCAACAGACAGAUCCCAGCGGCAGCAUCGCUCAUCCAGACUCUUUGGAGGUGUUAUUCGGUAGAGAAACCUGGUGGAGGUGCUUCGACCUGGAAAAUGUACAUCCUCACCCGAGAGGCAGUGAAUAUAGUGGACUCAGAUGGCUCGAGCCCCAACAUCAGGAAACUCAACUUAACAAAAAGAGGCACCAAAAGGAGGUUAAAGUCUCGUGGUAAUGGGUCUAUGGGGGCCCCAUCGGAGAGAGCAGUGUCCAUCCCUCAGAUCACUUACGACCACAUCGAUGACUCCAUGGAGAAGAAAGAUGUGUCUUAUUUCCUAGAGGAGCCCAGGGGAGCUGUCGAAGGACUAACCAGAAUGUUCCGACAAACAGGCCCUCCGCUCCACUCUUGGUCAUCUUUCACUCUGAGCUGCCCUUCAUCUCCAGUGAAGAAGAAUCUGGACAACAGCAUGUCCAUCGAUAUCUCCCGGGCCAACAGCCUCACGGACGAGCUGGACUGCAUGAGCGAGGACAUGGCGCUGCCCAUCGUUACGGACAACACGCAGUUGUCCCAUGCCCAGCGGUCAGCAGUCAAAGUCCUUCGCCGUAUGCAGUACUUUGUGGCCAGGAGGAAAUUUCAGCAAGCGCGGAAGCCCUACGAUGUGAGGGAUGUGAUCGAGCAGUAUUCCCAGGGCCACCUCAACAUGAUGGUCCGCAUCAAGGAGCUGCAGAGAAGGCUGGAUGGCACACUUGGAAAGCCAGGAAUGUUUCUCCCAGGAAAGGGAGAAGACAAAGAAUUUCCAACAAUUGGUGCACGACUUAUCCGACUUGAAACAAAGGUGCAUCAGAUGGACCAGAAAAUGGACAAUGUGCUGCGUAUCCUGAAGGAGCAGUUCCAGCCCAAACCUGAACUGACCUCCCAGCCCUCCAUGCGCAGAGUCACCAUCCAGAAGCGUAUGGGCAUCAGCAUCGACGAGGGGCCCUGAUGUCACUGUUUUAUGAUGUUAUUAAAGAAGGACAAUUACAGGAGAGAGGGACUUGUAUCCAAACAACCUCA